AUGGUCGAGCACGAGGAAGAGCCCAAGCGCUUCUCCCCCAAAGUCCCCGUCGAGCUGGCUCCCCCGAAAUACGACCCUAUCGAUGCCGAGGAAUUGGCCAAGUGUGAUGGAACCGACCCCAACCGCCCGACAUUGGUCGCUAUCAAGGGUAUCGUCUUCGACGUGAGCCGGAAUCAGGCCUACAGUCCCAGCGGGCAGUAUCGCAUCUUCGCAGGGAAAGACCCUUCGCGCGCGCUGGCCAGCUCCUCUCUCAAGCCCGAAGACUGCCGGCCCGAUUGGUACGAUCUGGAUGACAAGGAGAAGACCGUGCUGGAAGAAUGGUUUACCUUCUUUAGCAAGCGCUAUAAUAUUGUGGGCAAAGUGAAGGAUGCUACGAAUUACUAG